AUUGUUUUUGACUGUGCGCAGAAUACAGUCCCUCCCUCUGCUGCGCCCAGGUCGACUCCGCGGCGGGCGGCGUCUGUGCCGCGGGCGGCGGGGGCCGGGGAUACCGUUACCCGCGGGCCCAGUAAGUUCUCUGAGGGCCACUUGCGGAGCACAGAGGACGAGGGCCGUGGAUGUGCGGAGUAUCCAGGAGAUUGGGGAAGAAGUGGCAGGGGCAGCAUCUUCCGGAGGGGCUGGCUCCUGGCCUCGCGGGCAGGGAGCGCGAGACAUUUCCACAUCCUUGAGGAUGGCACCAGACCCCGCAGGCGCAACUCCAGCUCCUCGGCUUUCCAAAGAGUAACGCAAACACAAUGACCCAACUCACUUGUUGAACAGAACAGUUCACCAGACACUCAGCGAGUGCCCCUGCCUCACCUCACUCUUCUUUUCUCCAGAAUAUGGUCCAUUGGCUGGAGAAGGAUAUCAUGUGUAUAUAGGGUUAAAGCAAGGUGCACCAACCAUGACAGGCAAAACACAGACCAGCAACGUCACCAAUAAGAAUGACCCCAAGUCCAUCAACUCCCGCGUUUUCAUCGGCAAUCUAAAUACAGCCAUUGUCAAGAAAGUUGACAUUGAAGCCAUUUUUUCAAAGUAUGGGAAAAUAGUUGGAUGUUCAGUGCACAAAGGUUAUGCAUUUGUGCAGUACAUGAGUGAGCGACACGCGAGAGCUGCAGUGGCCGGAGAAAAUGCCAGGGUCAUCGCGGGCCAACCACUUGAUAUCAACAUGGCAGGGGAACCCAAACCAUACAGACCAAAACCUGGAAACAAGAGGCCCCUUUCAACACUUUACAGACUUGAAUCAAAGGAGCCUUUCCUGUCUGUUGGUGGUUAUGUCUUUGACUAUGAUUACUACAGAGAUGAUUUCUACAAUCGGUUAUUUGACUACCACGGGCGUGUGCCUCCACCCCCCCGGGCGGUGAUUCCCCUGAAGCGCCCCCGAGUGGCUGUAACAACGACUCGCAGAGGGAAAGGCGUCUUUUCCAUGAAGGGGGGAUCGAGAUCGACUGUCAGUGGGUCCUCUUCAUCAGGCUCUAAAUUGAAAUCAGAUGAGUUACAGACAAUCAAGAAAGAAUUAACCCAGAUCAAAACUAAAAUUGACUCCUUGCUAGGGCGCCUGGAGAAGAUUGAGAAGCAGCAGAAGGCGGAAGCAGAAGCUCAGAAGAAGCAAUUGGAAGAGCGUAUAGAGCUGAUCCAAGAUGAAUGUGUGUCAGAGAAUGCAGAUCACUCUACAGAGGAGCCUGCUGAAGGAGGGCCUGAUGCCGAUGGAGAAGAGAUGACUGAUGGGAUAGAGGAGGACUUCGAUGAAGAUGGGGGUCAUGAGCUGUUUCUACAGAUAAAGUGAUCUGAAGUAAUGUUUGAUGCCGAGAAAACAGAAAAGAGAAACUGUGACAACCCCCCAGAAAUGUGAAAGGAGGUUUCUUACUGGGUAGCAAAAUCUUUGGUUCAAUUUGUAUAAAAACCCAAAUAAAUAAAAUGGACUGUAUUGUUCGAUCUUAGGAUUUCCAUUUCUUCUCUGUUCAAAGCUGUACAAUUGUCAGGUUUUUAUGGUUUAGAUUGUAAAUGUGUUUUCCCCCUGGUUAAUUAAGCUGUUGUUUUUUAAGUCUUAAAAGUCUUAAAAUGUGAAGGACAUUUAUGAAUGGUAAGGGAGACCUGUAUACAAAUGUAUAUUUGUAAAAGCUAUUUUUAUGAUUAGCAUGUUUUACUGUUGAUCAUAUAUAAAGUCAGGUGAUAUUGCAAUUCUAUGUUUAAAGCUUAUUUCCAACAAUAUCAUGUAAGAAAAAAUGCAUAGUAUGCUAGUUUUUAUAAUUUAUUUUUAAUUUAUAGUUUAAAGUAUUUCAUAAGUAUAAAAUUCUUGAAAAAGUUAUAUUUCUGCCCUCUACAAGCACCAUUUUUAUUAAUGAAGAAUGCACAUAUUUCAGAUGUGACACAGUAAUUAAAGGAUUGUCGGUUUGGCCUGUGACUAAAUUAAGCAUGCUCCGCUCUACUAAACUGAGAUGAUCAAAUUAUUAACCAAUAUUUCAGGCUGAAUUAGGAGAUCCGAUGGGCAGAUUUCAGUAUUCAAACAGUUGAGAAAUGGAUCUGAAAGGAAGAUAGCCUUGUCUUUGGAUCCAAAGUUUAAAUUAAUACAUAAGUCACUUCUUUUCAUCUCCUAUCACUAGGAAUUCUCCUUUGCUGUGCAUUGCAGGUGUUUUCCACAUGCUCUUAGCUGUCGUCUUGUCCUGUGGAAAUGGAAGAAACCAUCUUCACAGACUAUAGGAGAAUUCAGCAGAUAAUUUCUUAAUAAAUAUUCUUUCUUCUAAA